UAAUAGAAAUCUUUGUGUUUACAUGACCAUAAAACCUGUCCCUAUUUUUCUCUUGCAGGGUUAAGAGAGCAUUAAAUUUGGACAUGGUUAGAAAAGAUGAUGCACCUGAUGCAACCCCCCAGAAGGCCAAAAGGAACAAUCUGAGCUCCUUCUCCCCCACCACAGGCACUCGCCAGAUCAGCCCCUUCUCCUCUCCCACCAACCACGGGGCAGAAAAUCCCAGGAAUGACCCAGCAGAGGGAGAUGGGAAUGAGCAGAAAGAUUCCAGGAGUGGAUUAUCCAGGAGAGGGCAGCCUCAAACAAAGCACGAUGCGUUCCUUCAACUGCAGUCCCAAGUGAGAAAUUCCUUGCCCAGAAUCCUGAAACUAAGAGCAAAUCUGACAAGCCUGAAGGCUUUGGAGGGCAGUAGAGAGCUGGAAAAUAUCCUCGGAGUCUCACAGUCGUCCUGUGUCCUGAGUGCUGAACUGCAGAAAACCCAAGCGCUGGUGAGUCAAGCAGAAAAACUGCAGCUGUUGAAAGCAAACCAUGGAAAAGUCCCUGCCCGAGGGCACAUCCAGGCUGCUGGGAGUUCUGCAUUCCUGACCUCACUCCUGGAGAGAAGGAAGGAGCCCCUGGGCCUGCUGCCAGCCUUGUGCAGCACCGAGGCACAGCCAGAGUGACCAGAGCAGGGUGCUUCUUGUAAGCCACUCUGGGAUGUCCUGCAGCCUGCAAGGGCCUGAGGGCACUCAGUUGUUCCUGUGCACAUGGGAUUUGUUCCUGGUUUGUUGGUGACAAAGAAACUCUAGAAACUGCUCCCCUACCAAAACAUUCUGUGCUGUUUCUCAUCUUGUUGCUGCUUUGGUUACUUGUCCUUGUUCCAUAAAACAUCCCAAAAUGUUCCUGCAGCCCUGGGCAGAGGGGCUGCUGCCCUGCCUUAGGCUCUGUGUGUUUUACUGGACAUCACACCCAUAACUCCAAGCAGAUCCCAUGAACGAUGAUGCUGCUGUCUAAUUGCUAUUUAUUUUAGUCAUUCCUCAUCUCCCCACAGGCAUUAUGUGAAAAAUGCAUUCCACAUCAACCCAAACUUCUCCAUCUGCUGGACUGGACUUAAAAGGAGUGAAGAACUGAGUGUAAACCAAUCUCCCCAGCAAAUCCCAGCUGGGGAGCGCUCGCUGCGCUGGGCAGGUGCACGUCCAGAUAACAUUUCUGGCAUCUAUUUCAACUUAACAAUGUGCACAACCAGAUAAUCUCAAUGUAAAUAAUCCACCCUGGGUGCUGCACAGCCCUGUGCCAGUGGGGCUGGUGCUGUGUGGAAAUCAACUGGGGCUUCUGGAGGGAGCUCUGCAGUGCCAGGAAUGAAUUAUUCCGACCCUGGAUGUGUUUUGGUUGUUUGCAAAUGCUUUCCCUGGUGGUGCUGCCACGGUUGGGAACAGAUUUGUCAUCCACAUGAGGGCUCCUCUAAAGUCAACCCCAGCCCCAGGAUAAAAAGGCCUCAGCCUCCAACCCAGCAUUAACACACAGGGCUCUGGUAACAUUUGCUUUUAGGUCAACAUUGGAGUUUAGUUUUGGCAUUUAAUGCUGUAGGAGCAGAGUUAUUUUAUAUAAACCAACUCUUUUUAUAAAACAGCUGCUUUUCUUUUUCCUUCUCCUCAGCCUCACCCUUCCAGCCAAGUGAAUUCCCUCAAAUCGUUGUAAUUAGGCUGCAAAAGUGCAGUAAAAUUAUUUGUUCUUAUCAAAGUCCAGCACAAACACAAACACUUGAAUGUCCUUUCUACCACUGCAAAGUCCCAUCCUCAAAUAAACUGAUUUUUACAACUAAAUUCUGAGCAGCAGCAUGAUGAAUGUGUUCAGGGUGUGGCUGAACACACACACGCUCAAGCUUUGGGAGUUUUCAAUUAAUAAAAAUGGUUUUGCACUUCACUGCCUGUGCAGUCAGACUGGGAA